AUGAAGUCGACAGUCCUUCUCCUGAGUGCCGGCCUGGCGCUGGCCAAUGCUGAAGGCUUCUUCAACUGGCCCAACGCUGUUGUUACGGCUGCCGCGGGUGACGUUGUGGCAGCACGAGAUGCCGCAGACCAAGAUCAAGCCAACCUGGGCGAUACAGGACUCGAGCUGAAGCAUUGUUCGGGUGGCGGUUGCAAGUCAAAUCCAACGUCAACAGUGACCAAAACUUGCAAGGAGUGUGUCACAGUCACAAACACCGUCACAAUGAAGAUCCCAGACCCAACGACAUUCGUCAAGACCAGAAUGUGCACGACCACCAUGAUCCGUUCGCGGACGGUGACCAAGUGCAUUGACCACACCAAGACUGACACCAAGUAUUGUCCUGUGACCAAGACCUCAGUCCAGACGGUGACUAUUAAUCCCACCUGCACUCCAAGGCCUUGUUGUGAUCGCUGCCUUGCCACUCAGUCAAAGUACGUUGUUGAGAAUGGGGACGAUUGUGAGAGCAUUGCCGCCGUCUACAACACAACCGUUGAGGAUUUGCAAUUGACCAACACGUGGCUGAAUGGUACCUGCAAUCUGAAUGCUGGUGACACUCUUUGCAUCCCUGAGACCGCGACCACCACUCAGCUGAAGCGUGACGUAGCGCAUCAUCACCAUCAUCAUCACCGUGACGAUGAGGACGGCGGCAUGACAUGUGACGGUGAAUGCCAGAAGAAGAAAAAGGAGCAUCAUCACCAUCAUGGUCACCACCAUCACCACCACAAGGGUGGCAAGAAGUGCGAGUCUGAUCGUGGCUGCGAUGAGGACAAGCAUCACCACCAUGGCCACCACAAGCACCACCAUCAUCACCACAAGAGUGGCAAGUGCGGGUCGGAGGGCGGCUGUGAUGAGGACAAGCACCGCCACCACCACCACCAUGGUGGCCAUCACCAUGAGCGCAAGUCAUGCGGUGAGCACCAUGAGUGUGUCGCCUGCAAAGUCCCCGGCUCUUGCCCUCGCGACGGCAUUCACGCCGCGUGCCCUGACAACUACAAGUGCCAAGAAAUUCAGGACACGGCAAACUGA